UCAAUUUUUAUAAGCUUCCUAUCUGCAUCCGGAUCAACAAGACCUGGACUUCAGUCCUCACUCGUGCUAAUCCGUAUAUAUAAGAAACCCUUAUUUACUUGUGUACACUACUAUUGAAAGCGCCCCCACUCCAGCCAGGAUAUACGACCAAAAACUCAUGGCUAGGCAUCUCAAUUAAGGUUAGGGUAAUAAAUGAGUUGAUUUCACUACAAUUCGCUGCUUAUCUAUCCGUUGGUUCUCGCUUCAAUUAGAUGAACCCAGAUCCCACACUCUAGGAUUUGAAUGAUAUAAGAAAACAGUUAAUUCCGACUCUACCAACACUCUAUACUACCCGGUAUGAUUCUAGAAUGUCCUUUAGUUUACCCCGCUCUCAACUUAGGCAGCAGCUUGCUCGACUUGGGCAGCAUGCGGUUGAGCAAGCGGAGCCUAUAAAUCAAUGGAACAACUCUACCCUAGUGAAAAUUGUUCCCGAGUUCGAGCAUCGGUUUAAACAGAUGGCGGAUUUACUAUUGGAACAGACUCUCCAAAGUAGCCGCAAUACUGAAAGGAAACUACAAGAGCUCGAGAGCCGAAUUGAAUAUUUCUCGCGCGCAGUACCGGCUUCCGAGUCUCACUUGCUUACGGCCCCAGCUCCUAGCAACAUGUAUCUUGCAACAAAUCCUUUCAAGGCCGAGAGACGGACGUAUACAUGUUUCUACUUGUUGGUUUCCGUGUCUUUGCUGUUUAUUUGCAGUUUUGUUGUGUCAGUCUGUUGGUCGGUUAUCCGCGAAGAUGUGUCGGGUGGUUUUACCAUGGGCUCAUAUAUCAUCGCAGUGCCGGGCGUAGCUAUUGCUAUAGUGGGUUAUCUACACCGGGAGCAUUGCCAAUGCUGGAAGCGUAGAAAAGUUUCCUUGGUAUGAAACAGGUAGACUAUAUAGCAACUCUAAUAUAUAAUGUAGGUUUUCAAGAGUAAAAUAAUGCUUAGAC